AUGGAGGCUUUGAUUUUAAGAAAUAAUAGUUUGAGUGGACAACUUCCUUCCUCUUUGAAGAAUUGCUCAAACAAGUUGGCUUUGUUGGAUCUUGGAGAAAAUAAGUUUCAUGGUCCAUUACCUUCAUGGAUUGGAGAUAGCUUACAAAAUUUAGAAAUCUUAAGCCUUCGAUCCAAUAACUUCUAUGGAAGUUUACCUUCAAAUCUCUGUUACUUGACAAAACUUCAAGUCUUGGAUUUGUCACUGAACAACAUAUCAGGAAGAAUCCCAACUUGUAGAAUUCCUUCCAGUAUAGCUCGCAUUGAUCGUCUUGCCAUGUUGGAUUUGUCAAACAAUCAGCUCUGUGGAAACAUUCCAAUUGGAACGCAGCUGCAGAGCUUUAAUGCUUCAAGUUUUGAAGGAAAUUCAAAUCUCUGUGGAGAACCCCUUGAUAGAAAAUGUCCAGAAGAAGAUCCAUCAAAACAUCAAGUGCCAACAACUGAUGCAGGAGAUGAUGAUAAUUCAAUAUUUUUGGAAGCAUUAUACAUGAGCAUGGGGAUAGGAUUCUUCACUGGUUUCGUUGGCUUGGUCGGCUCAAUGUUGUUACUACCAUCUUGGAGAGAAACUUACUCCAGAUUCUUGAACACUUUGAUAUUGAAAGUCAUCAUGUGGUGGAAGCAGUAA